GCGUCUCCGAGGCCCAGGCCAACACAGCAGCUCUCGAGUCCGCCAAGGCCUUCCGUGCAGAGUUGGUGGAGAAGGGCAUCCUCAGCGAGCCGAAGCCGCGGGACCCCAAAUUCACCAGCGAAGUGCCGGGGGUGAAGUGGAGGAAGAAUCGGCAAAAGUGGCACGUGGAGAUCACCCCGAAGGGUGGCAAGAAGAAGAUUCACGGAGGCCUCUUCACCGAGAAGGCGGCGGCCGAGGCCAAGGCCCUGGAGAUCGUGGAGAAGGCCGGCCUGCAGCGCCAGGUGAAGCCCGUGGCCAACCUGUCGGAGCUGCCGGUGUUCCAACCCAAGGUGCCCUACCCUGGGGUCACUUGGGAGCAGAAGUCACAGCAGUGGCAUGCUCAGUGCCGAGUGGCGGGAGCCAAUCGACAUUUCACGGUGAAACCGAAGGACCACUCGGAGGCGGAGCUGGAGCGCUCCUUCCAAGUGGCUGUGGCAUGGAGGAGGAAGCAGGAGAAGGAGAAUCAGAAGGAGAAGGAGAAAGAAAUCAACGCUGUGAAGUCCAAGGUGAAGCCUGGGAGGACGAUACCUUCAAGGCCUGAUGGCAAUGCCUAUGGAGAUGAGCUCCUUGGGCCCAACGGUGGAGGCAUCUCCGAGGCCCAGGCCGACGCAGCAGCUCUCGAGGCCGCCAAGGCCUUCCGAGCAGAGCUGGUGGAGAAGGGCAUCCUCAGCGAGCCGAAGCCGCGGGACCCCAACUUCACCAGCGAAGUGCUGGGGGUGAGGUGGCAAAAGAAUCAGCAAAAGUGGCGGGUGGAGAUCACCCCGAAGGGUGGCAAGAAGAAGAUUCACGGCGGCGUCUUCACCGAGAAGGCGGCGGCCGAGGCCAAGGCCUUGGAGCUCGUGGAGAAGGCCGGCCUGCAGCGCCAGGUAAAGCCCGUGGCCACCCUGUCGGAGCUGCCGGUGUUCCACCCCAAGGUGCCCUACCCUGGGGUCACUUGGGAGCAGAGGUCACAGCAGUGGCAUGCUCAGUGCCAAGUGGCGGGAGCCAAUCGACAUUUCAGGGUGAAGCCCAAGGACCACUCGGAGGCGGAGCUGGAGCGCUCUUUCCAAGUCGCCGUGGCAUGGAGGAGGAAGCAGGAGAAGGAGAAUCAGAAGGAGAAGGAGAAAGAAAGCAAGGCUGUGAAGUCCAAGGUGAAGCCUGGGAGGAAGCAGCGAAAGUGAGUGCAAAAGCCGUAGAUGCCAAGCUGCAUGGCUCAGUUUCCGACGCGGCGUCCGUACAGUCAAUCCUCACUCCACAUGAUGCGCAGG